AUUAUUUUAUUCCCACGCACGUAAUGAAACUAAGUUAAAGUCACAGCGAGAGAAGAGCCUUGCGGAAUUGGGAAGCUGAAGAAGCUGCUGCGAUUACGAACUCAUUCUUCCGUCAUGGGCAACUGUGGCACUAGAGAGGAAUCUGAUGUUGUUGUUACUCAUGCUCAAGUUCAACAGCUCCACAACCACAUAUUAUCUGACAAGAAGCUUACUCAAAGUCAGAGUCAGAAUCAGAAUCGCACCCUUUCAGAUCUGAGCGAUUUCGAUGACUCCAGAAAAAACGCGCUUCUCUAUACCCACAUCAUCGCCUUCACUUUAUUCGAGCUGGAGACUAUUACCAAGAGCUUCCGUUCUGACUACAUUCUCGGAGAAGGCGGUUUCGGGACCGUCUAUAAAGGUUACAUUGACGACAAUGUGCGGGUUGGUCUCAAAUCUCUGCCUGUCGCUGUCAAGGUCCUCAACAAAGAGGGCCUUCAGGGUCACCGCGAAUGGUUGACUGAGGUCAACUUCCUCGGCCAGCUCAGGCAUCCCAAUCUGGUUAAGCUGAUUGGCUAUUGUUGCGAGGAUGAUCACAGGCUACUUGUAUACGAAUUCAUGUUCCGUGGAAGCCUUGAGAAUCACCUUUUCCGAAAGGCAACUGUUCCUUUAUCCUGGGAGAAAAGAAUGAUGAUUGCUCUAGGAGCUGCUAAAGGACUUGCUUUCCUUCACAAUGCUGAAAGACCUGUGAUAUAUAGGGAUUUUAAAACCUCAAAUAUAUUAUUGGACUCUGAUUAUACAGCCAAACUUUCUGAUUUUGGGCUUGCGAAAGCUGGACCACAAGGUGAUGAGACCCAUGUCUCCACUCGAGUGAUGGGAACAUAUGGAUAUGCAGCACCUGAAUAUGUUAUGACUGGCCAUCUGACUGCAAGGAGCGAUGUAUACAGCUUCGGAGUUGUUCUUUUGGAGCUUUUGACGGGACGAAAAUCUGUUGAUAAGACAAGGCCAAGCAAGGAGCAGAACUUGGUGGAUUGGGCUCGUCCAAAACUGAAUGAUAAGAGAAAAUUACUUCAAAUAAUUGACCCAAGGAUGGAGAACCAAUAUUCAGCAAGGGCAGCUCAGAAGGCCUGCAGCUUGGCAUACUACUGUCUGAGCCAGAAUCCAAAAGCGAGGCCAUUAAUGAGUGAUGUAGUUGAGACGCUGGAACCACUACAAUGCACCGGCGGUAGUGCAGAUGAAGUCUCCUCGUCUUUAAACUCAAAACUAACAGGUGGUAGUACUGGUCCAUUUGCUAUGGGUGGAGUUCCAGAUUACCGAGUGCAUCACAGAUUUCCCAACAAUGUUGGACCAGGUGGCAUUUGUAGGUUGCCUAAUCCAGAUUGUUCCCCAGGUGGCCCUGCAGCAUGCAGAGUUAGAUGAAAUUGUCACUUAAUUGUACACUUGUUUGGUGUGGCUUUUGUAGCAUUACCCCCUGACAAAGUGAAAAUUUUGCUUGUUGAAACAAGGGUGGUUUGACUUCAUUGUACCUACUGUGCAAGUUGUCCUGUUUGCUGAU